AUGGCUCAAACUCAAGUAUCCACCACUGUCAAGACCCCCUUUUCAAAGCCUUACAAAGACAUCUACAUUGUCAACUCGAACUACAACCAAUAUGGUCAUUCGGUGUUACCAACCCAUUCAAAAUCCAUCUUAUCAAACUAUCCUUCCCAGUAUUCUCAACAUUCAAGAUACUCUUAUCACGCCAGGUCGAAAGAGAGUCUGAUUUCAUCUGCUACACCAAUACCAGUGAAUAGUUAUGCGGAAGAUAACCAUGGUGAUGCCGAAGAUGAUGAGGAAAAUGAUAUCGUUCAAUUGAAUUCAAAUUAUGUUCAGCAUCAAGCUGGUAACACUGUUGCUUCAAGCUCCGGCUCAAUAAAGAAAUCCAAAUUCAGUUAUAGGUCUCUUAUCUCCCCUGAUAACAAAGUUAAAAGGUUUCUGAAUAGACUAGAUGCUGAUUCUUUUAGUAUUUUUUCAUUGAAAUCCUCAAGUCAUAACUUCCAAUUAGCAACUAUUAAAGAUUUACCAUUGGAAAUUUUGAAACUUGUUCUUUCCUAUGUUGAUGAUUAUAAAACUUUAGUUCGUUGUCUUUAUGUCAAUAAGCAAUUUUACAAAUCUUCAAAAUUCAUUGUUUAUGAAUCUCCAUUUUUAACUUCAACUUAUAGAGUCGCUCAAUUGAUUACCACGUUACGUCAACAUCCUGAGAAUGGUGAAUUGAUUAAAAAUUUGAACUUGUCAAGAUUAGAACCUGGUACUUUACAAUCAAUUGAGGAUGAUCAACCAUCACCUUUGGAUAAUGAUACUGAUUCAGUAAAUACUGAAAAUGAAGAUUCAUUUCCUAAUAAUCUGGAGUAUGCUCAUGCUUCUUGGAGAGAUUGGAAAUAUAGAGGUGAUCCAUUAUAUGGUUCUUCAAUGUUGAAUUCUUACAACUUAUCAAAAUCAAAAUCUUCAACUAGUGUCAAUUCAUUAUCAACAGUUUCUUCAAUUAAAGUGAGAUUCUUGAAACAAAUUAAAUCAAAUGCAGAAUCGUUUAAUGAAGAUUUCAAUACAAAGUUUAAGAAUUUUGGUUCAAAAUUAGUGUUGAAGUUUCAAAAAUCUAAACAUGUUGCUGCAAAAAAGAAAAAUUUAGAUCAUCAAGAGCCAAACAAAUUGAAGAGAAAAUUAGGUGAUACCACCAUCAACAAUGAUCAAAAUGGACUGAUGAAGACAAACUCUAUAAAACAAGUCAAGAUUAAUUUCCAAGAUCCAAAAAAUCAACCAUUUGUUGAAGGACAUCCAUAUACCAAUAAGUUUUUGUUGAAAUAUUCAAGUUCCAAAGAUUUACCAAUUGGAUAUGUUUUAUACUUUUUAGAUCUUUGUCCAAAUUUAUCAAAAUUGAAUCUUUCCAAAAUUUCAUUAUCAACUGAUUUUAAAAUUGUUUAUGAAACUCCUCAAUUUAGAAUCCCAUCAUUAGUGGAAAAUGUUUUACCUUUCAAUGAUGAUUCAACAAAUAUUGAUGGAUCUAGUGAAAAAAAACUAUUACCAUUAUAUCUCUCAGAUGCAAAUGUUUAUUUCAACGGUAAAACAUUCCAAAAUCAAUUCAUCAAAUUAUAUGAAUCUGAUAUAAUUUUGAAAUUAUCACAAUUAUCAAAAUUAACAGAAUUGAAUUUAAGUUCAAUUUCAUGGUUAAAUUUCAAAAUAUUAAGAAUCUUCAGAAAAAACUCAAAUUCUUUGAACAAUCAAUCAUCAAAUUUAAAAUCAAUAAAUUUAUCAAAUUCUGGAAUGAUUAGAGGUUUGAAUUGGGCUUUUGAAUUUAAUGACAUUGAAGAUUUUAAAACUUAUUUUGCAAAUGAUGUUGAGCCUGAAUUGAAAGAUGAAAGAUCCAAUAUUAUGAGAAAUGUUGGUAUGAAUUAUUAA